ACUUCAACACCUCUAUUUUUUCUCCCCUCCACUUCCAUUCUAUUCUCUCUUUAUAAAUUUCCUUACCCUGCUGCACUUUCCCAUCAUCAAACUUCCAAUUCCAAACUGCACUUUUGAACACAAGCAGCCAAAGCUUCAAAACAUGGAACGUUUUGUGCGCCUAACUGUGGUAUUAGCCAUGGCUAUGGUGAUGGCUGCACCAGCCUACGCUCAGAUCAGCAGCACGCCUUGCAGCACAUCGAUGAUAAACAGUUUGUUCAACCCUUGUAUGAAUUUCCUCACAAAUAGCAGUGCCAAUGGCACUUCACCUACUGCUGAGUGCUGCAAUUCCAUCAAGUCACUCACAAGUGGUGGCAUGGACUGUUUGUGUCUCAUUAUCACUGGCAAUGUUCCCUUUAGAAUACCAAUCAACCGAACCUUGGCCAUCUCUCUUCCUCGUGCUUGCAAUUUGCCUCGUCUUCCACUUCAAUGCAAAACCUCAGGCGGUUCACCACUUCCAGCUCCAGGACCAGCGGCUUUUGGGCCAUCUCUUUCUCCAUCUGCUCCAUCUCUUAGUCCUGAAGCUUCCUCUGUACUUCCCUCACCUUCUUUGGCACCAGUGUCUGACACAACCCCUCCUCUUUUGACUCCGUCAUCUGCAACCACUGGAAGUGGCCGUUCUGAUCUGACCCCAUCAUCUGCCAUGUCAUCUUACCGUUUUCUACCUUCAGUUGUGUUGAUUGUGUUAGGAUUUGCUGUUCUUAAACACUACUAGGUUGCUGAGCCUUCCACAAUUCCACAUCCUUAAUUUGUGGAUGUAAAUGUACCUAAUAGGUUUGCAAUAUGUGUGGUUGUUGCGUUAGGUUUUGCUAGCUGAUAUUGUUUCAGACCCACCUUGGGGGAGUAUUAUUUGUGUCGUAAUGCAUAUGAGUGCAUGAAAAACAAAUUACUAUUAUUUUAUCGAUUCAAGAAGUUUAUUGAGUUUGCCGAAUUUCAUUA